UUCAGCAUUUUAGCUUGAAGCAACAAUUACAAGAUUUCGGAAAAUGUCUCUCCGUUUCGCCCUGAUCUGCCUAGCACUUCUUGUGCUGGUCUACGCACCAUUGCCUACAUCAGCGGCACCCCUAGAGGCUGCUUUAGUGGAAGCUAAUAGCUUGCCCCAACUUGAACUAGCUGCAUCCCCAUCCACACCGUCCUCAGACCCGGCUAUUCCAAAGCAGCGCACUUUCUUCCUAUUGCUGCCUCUGCUGGACCCCAACCAAUUCUACUUCUAAUCAAUGGCCGAGUGAUGUCGUAAUAUACAUAAAAGAACUUAAAAAUAAAGUUAAAAUUGUAGCAUGAGA